UAUCAAUGAAAAGACCAGAAGGUCGUGUAUUUGAAUGGUUUUAUUCAUUACAUUUAAAAUAUGGUAAUGUUGUUAAGGUUGGCCCAAAAUAUAUCUUAUUUGAAGAUUUAGAAGCUAUAAAAUUUAUUUUGAAAGACAGUGAAA